GCAGCGGGGCUAUGGGGACCACAAGUGUAACCCGAAAUGGCACAAUAACACGACACCGCUCCAAACCCACCUCUCGGAUAUACUUCACCUUUAUUUUGCUCCUGCUCAUUUUCACGCCGAGAGUGGAUUCAUCAUGGUGGUACAUCGGAGCGCUGGGUGCCCGGGUGAUCUGCGACAACAUUCCAGGCCUGGUGAACAAGCAGCGCCAGCUGUGCCAGCGGCACCCAGACCUGAUGCAGUCGAUCGGCGAGGGAGCAAAAGAGUGGAUCAGAGAGUGCCAGCACCAGUUCAGACACCACCGCUGGAACUGCAGCACGCUGGACCGGGACCACACUGUGUUUGGCAGGGUCAUGCUGCGAAGCAGCCGAGAAGCAGCGUUCGUGUAUGCCAUCUCUUCAGCAGGAGUGGUCUACGCCAUUACCAGGGCCUGCAGUCAGGGGGAGCUUAAGAUCUGCAGCUGCGACGGCCAUAAGCGUGGGCGAGCCAGCGACGACAGGGGCAACUUUGACUGGGGCGGGUGCAGCGACAACAUCAACUACGGCAUCAAGUUUGCCAAGGCUUUUGUAGAUGCUCGAGAGAGGAUGGUCAAAGAUGCCCGGGCGCUGAUGAACCUGCACAACAAUCGCUGUGGGCGCAUGGCAGUGAAGCGCUUUAUGAAGCUGGAGUGCAAGUGUCACGGGGUCAGUGGCUCCUGCGCUCUGAGAACCUGUUGGCUGGCUAUGUCUGACUUCAGGAGGACCGGAGACUACCUGCGCAAGAAGUACAACACGGCCAUUGAGGUGACCAUGAACCAGGAUGGGACAGGUUUUAUGGUGGCUGACAAGGACUUCAAGGGAAGCACCAAGAAUGAGUUGGUGUAUGUUGAGAACUCACCAGACUACUGCCUCAUGGACCGUGCAGCAGGCUCCCUGGGCACAGCAGGCAGAGUGUGCAACAAGUCCUCCAGAGGCACAGACGGCUGCGAGGUGAUGUGUUGUGGGCGGGGCUACGACACCAUGCGUGUCAAACGCGUCACCAAGUGUGAGUGCAAGUUCAAGUGGUGCUGUGCCGUGGAGUGCAAGGACUGCGAGGACAUGGUGGACGUUCACACCUGCAAGCCCCACAAGCGACCUGAUUGGUUGGACCUAACCUGACAAGAAAGCCAGAGCAGUCACGUCCUCCACUGACUCGUCCUCCUGCCGGUGACUGGCUGCACUGCAUUAUGGGAUGCUUAAUGGAGAUCUCUUAACUUCAGCACCUCUGGCUUUGACUCCAACUCUUUAACAUUUCCUGAGGCAGAGAUGACACAGACCUUCACUAGGUGAUGCUCAACUGGAAAAGAGACCCAGUUACUGAUGGUGUCCUGCUUUAAAAGCAUUUCUAAGGACGUUCCCCCAUUUUUUAAAAACUGACUUAAAAACUGAACUUUGAUAUAAAGUGUUUGAAUACUGAUUCUGUAAAUGCACCCUUAGUUAAGGUAGGGAUUUGAGAUGAUGCCUUUGUUUGUUUUAUAAUGCAGUAUGCAAAAACUUUGUGAGCACAACUUAGCUCAGAGAUCUUUGGAGAUAUUGGAAUAGACACCAUGACUCUGUGCUCAGAUUUAAAGGAGUCAUUGUAGACUAUUGCUACAUAGUUUUUAGCAGACAACAGACAGUUCCUCCAAAUUACUGCAACUCUAAC